AUGUCUUUCAAUAAAUUACCCAGCCCAAAGGAAGAUGCCAGAGCGGUGUUCGAAGUUCUAAAACGGGGUGGUAUUGCGAUUAUUCCUAUGAGCGUUGGUUACGGAAUCACUGCGAUCGAUCCGGACGCAUUGGACCGAAUUUUUUGCACGAAAAGGCGAGAACCACACAAGCGACAUGCAAUGGUCGGCAGCUACUUUCUGCAUCGAGAUAUUCAUGUUCUUCCCCCUAAGGAAGCCGAUAUGGUCAAACUCUUAACCGUGGACUUGAACCUUCCUCUAGGGAUUGUUGCGCCAUAUCGCCUUGACCAUCCGAUUCUCCAAAAGCUUCCACCGAAAAUAUUAGCACAGAGCGUUGUUGGGGAUACCCUAGCAAUGUUGGUCAAUGGAGGUGCUUUGCUAGAAGAAUUAUCUCGACUCGCGGCCCUAGAGAAACUUCCUUUAAUGGGAUCUUCGGCCAAUAUCACCGGCAAGGGAACAAAGACUGUGGUCGAGGACAUCGAGCCAGAGAUCCUCGAAGUGGCGGAUAUUGUUAUUGACUAUGGGCGACAAAAGUUUCACCAUCCUCGAGCCUCUUCAACCAUGAUUGAUUUUAGAAAAAUAGAGGUUCUGCGAUUCGGGGCUUGUUAUGAUGUGGUGCAGGAUGCGCUCCGGCGCUUUUAUGGAGUCAAAUUGCCAGACGAUCCUAGAACAUCGACUCUUUCGUCUGGACAGACUUGUGCGAACAGGAUGAAUGACUUCUAG